CUCCAACUGUCGACAGCCAAACACAUUUAAAUGUUCGAAAAUUCGAACAAGUCACAAGUCAAGUGUCGACACACGACGAACUAUCGUAAAAACAACAAAAUAUAAAAAAAAAUACAAAAAAAGAUUCUGAAAGUCGAACGGGGCCAAGAAAAACUUUUUUUUUUGUGAAAGAAAUUGGAAAAUUUUUUUAUAAAAAAUUGUGAAAAUUUCACGGGAAAUUGAAGGAAAUUGUCGAUCGUCAGACUAUCAAGGCACGAAGCAAGCGAGUCUGCGAGAAAAAUAUCCAAAAAACACGACGAGAGCGUCCAAAAAAUUACAUCAGAAAAAUAUAAAAAAAUUUUGUCGACAGCAAAAAAAAAAUUUGUAAAAAAAAAUUAAAAACAUUUUUGGAAGUUGCUGAAGGAAAAUUUGAGUGGAAAUCAAGGAAAAGCUGAGAAUUGAGAACAAAUUUGCUGCUUCAUCGGCAGCCAUCACAUCACUUACAUCCUCAUAACUCGCUGAAAAUUUAUCAAUAGACCGAAAAAUCCACAAUCAAAUUGAAAAUAAAGCCUCAAAUGUCAUCGACAUCGCUCGCCUAUCGCAUCUCAACCAAAUCCAAAUGAGUAAGCAUCAUCACUACCAUCAAUCCCAAUCAUCGGGAGGAUAUCACACAUCAACAGGAUCAGGAGUUGUUUCAGGUACAACAACAGCAACAACAAAAUCAAAAACUCGUCAACUUACUGAGCAUUAUGGCAAUCAUCAGCAACAGCAGAUCCAUCAUGAAAUUAAUGAGAUGAUGAUGAUGUCGCAACAGCCACAACAACAACAACAACAGCAGUCAAGUCAGUCAAUGAAUGGAAUGAGACUUCAAAUACCAAAUGGAAUAGCUCAACAUAAUGGUGGCAAUGGUAGUUCCACUGGCGAUGUCGAUUCUAAUGACACAAACAAUAACUACAAUAAGCAUCAUCACAAUCAUCACCAUAAUCAUCAUCAUCAUCAUCAUAGUCAUCACAAUCAUCGUGAUGGAAAGCGGAGUGCAUCGUCAGGCAGUGGAAGUGGAAGUGGCGAAGCAAGUAGCUCAAAACGAUCAAAAUUGAGUGUUAAUAAUAGUAAUAACAACCAGAGUGUGCCAAGUAAUAAGUAUGGGAGUUUAAUUAAUAAUCAUCAGCAGCAUCAGCAACAGCAGCAGCAAAUUUAUGACUCAAUUGCGAUGCAGACGGGAAAUAUGAUAAAUAAUAAUAAUAAUACAAAUAGUAAUAAUAAUAGUGGUAAUAACAAUAGCAGUAAUGGAAAUAACAAUCCAAUUGGUGGUGCUGGACAUUAUAAUAUCAUGGAGAAGCUUAAGGAUUUGUACAGGGAAUUGAAGGGCGAUAAAACAUGCAAGGAAUUACACUUAUCAUCAUCAUCAUUUCUCCUCGACAAGCUCGUAACCCGAGAGCGCCUCAAUACACUCAUAAUCAACCUCUACCCAGGCAACAAAGGCUAUUCGUUGGCAUUUCGUGUCCCGACCGCUACAACCGCAACCACACCCACAUCAUCAAUGCCAAAAGUUCAACAAUCAUUACAGUCACAGCAGUCUCAACAAUCAGAACGUGAAACGGUUCACGAAACAUCAUCAUGGCUAUAUGACAAUGCUCACCUACUGGACGCACUCGAUGCUGAAGAACUUCCACCACUGCUCAUAGACUUUUGCAAUGCUCAUUGUCCACAUUUAUAUUACAAUGGUGCUGUUAUUGCACAAAUUCGUGAUUAUCGUCAGAGUUAUCCAUUAGACAUCUGUGAUAUUCACUAUGUGCUGUUACGGCCGACAGCCGCUGCUUUAUGGGAUGAAAUAAAUGGUACAGUCGACACUAGUUGGAGUAUAAAGGAGCGUACAGCACUCGAAUCUCAACUAGUUCUCGCUACCGCACCACCAAUGUGUCUCGAUCCAUCACCACAAAUUGGCAUCGCAGCAAUCAACUCAUCGACUGAACGAUCACCAAUCGCAUCAUGCGACGGUGUCGUAAAAAUGGCCAAAAAAUUCCUUCAAGUAACGAAAAAUCGAAAUAAUAAAUUGGAGAAGAAGACACAUUAUCCUCAAUUGUCGUUGGCUAAUCAUAUAAAGCAUCAACAGAAACGUGAUAAUCAAGGAACAUCAAAAGGUGCGCCAACGGCACCAAGCUUCCCAUUAAUGCCUAAUGAUAGUUGUAGUAAUGAGAAUGUGGAUAUAGGUAGUAGCUUUAAAAUACUUCCAAUUGUGCCGCCAUCGCAGCGUUAUGAUUGGCAAGCGCGCAAUACCGAAAGACUUACAUUUGAGACAGAUCGUGACAAUUGUCAAUAUCGUGUGCGAGUGGAGCUGUUUGAACGAGCCACGACAUGUGAGGUUAGUGGUCAGUUGACGCUCGAAAGACAAAAGAGUGGAAGUCAAGUGAGUGGGCGAAUGUGUCCAUUUAAAUUAGCAAGUCCGCUGGCUGCACGUCGUUAUGUUAAGGAAUUUAUGGGAAUUUUUACCGAAGAGGGUCGAAAAUUUGUUAAAAUUAUUCACGAAAGGGAAACGAGGGUGGGUAGGGAAAUUACUGAGAUGCAGACAGGCGAAAAAGUCACAGCUACGACAACGACAUUACAAAGUCAACCGAAAAUUCAAACAAUUCCGAUAAUUGCGCAACCAGCACAAACACAGCCACAACAAUUAAUUGCACCGCAGCUACAAACACUCCAACAACUCAUAACUUCACCUCCACCCGCAUCAACAUCAAUAACGUCGCCCCCGCCACCUGCUCUCGUUGCUACCACACCGACUACAUUGAAAUUGACAGCGGCACCACAAAGAAUAAUCACAGCUCGACCAUCACCAGGACAAGUUGUUGUAUUGACUCAGGUUAAACAGGAAUCGCCUGGAAAUCAAGUGAUAAAGAAUCUCCUCAAUCAGCCACGUGCACCGAUGACACAGAGCAUGGUGAAUGGAUUGGCUUUGCCUGCUGGACAAGAAGUUCAAACGGUUUAUCUUCAAGUUGAUAAUAGUAAUCUAAUACACAUGGGUAGUGCUGUGCCGGCUAAUCUACAGUUCCAACAGCUAAUCGUUCCUGCAUCGCCAGGAACGCAAACCACACCAACAUACACAAUGAAUGUUCAAACGGUGACACCGCAACAGGUGACAGUCGUGAAACGGCACCGAGACAUGUAGUUCGGAUAAACAAAAAUAAAUUUUGUAGGCGACGAAACAAGAAAAUUAUUUAAAAAAAUCUAGGAAUAAAAAAAUUUAAAUUAAAAAAUACUAGAAACAAAAGAAGAAAAAAGGAAUUGAGUGAUACAAAAAUGGCGGAAUAAUGGAGCGAUUGAUUUUUAUACGCAAAAUAAUUAAAAACGUGCUUUUAAGUUUACGUUAAAAGGUAAGAAAAAAACAAUUAGAAUUGACGAUAAGAUUUUUUGUAAAAAAAAACAAUAAAAGAAUUAAACUAGCAAUAAAGGCUUGGACAUAAAUCACAAUCAAUAUAAUUAAUGAUAAAUGGAC